CACGUCGCAUUACAUGCCAGUGCCGUAGCCUGUUAAACGAAACAAAUGGACUCGCCAACCAUGUUUCGUUUAAUUUGUACUUGUAAUCAUCGUCCACAAUCUCCCGAGUCGUUUUGAAUGUCAGGUUCCAGGACAGGAUGGACAAGUUUUUCCUAGAGAAAUGAAUUGCUUCAACGCUGACUUUUAUCAGACAAGCGACUCCCGUCACAUGGACCAAUGAGAUGCCAUCUUGCCUUUCCUCAGGUCAUUGCGGCAGACUGUACCUCCAUAUACAACACUACAGCAAACUGCUCUUGGGUACAUCACAGGACUUAACUUUGACCCUUGGGAUCAUCUACUAAUCUUUCAUCCUCACCUCAUCCUAGCUCAUCAGCUCCACUUCAUCUUUACACCUUCUGAUUCUUAUAUAUCAUCUCUCCUCUGCCUGCCUGCACCCUGCACCCUCAAGAGCAUCACUCCACCUCACCAUGUCCAGCAACCCCACUCCCUCCCGUCACGAGGAGGCCUACAUUUCUUUGAUGAGAGGCCUAAAAGAUCUGGACCUCCGGGGCCCCUGCAUACCCAGCGACCUGGUCUUGAUUGGGAAUGAUUCUUUCCCUCUUGCCAUGAACAAUCGAGGGCAAGUUUUGAUGGCUGCCUCGCUGUAUGGUGAAGGAAGGAUUGUAGUCCUGGGCCACGAGGGAUACCUGACCACCUUCCCUGCCCUGGUAGAGAACGCCCUAACCUGGUUGAGGGGAGCUACAUCUGAUAAUCUCUUGGUGGGGAUUCAUCAGAACUCCAAAGUAGUGGCUAAUAACAUCAGAAAAUCCACCUUCGAUGUCCAAGAAAUGGGGAGUUUCAAUGAAAAGCUAGGAGUUGGGGUGUAUGUGACAGAUGCCUACAGUGUGGGUCCAGAUGUGAAGGGCCUGGUGGACUACCUGAAAGCUGGAGGAGGAGUGCUGAUUGCUGGGCAGGCCUGGAGUUGGGCUGAGGAGAAUCCCAAGCAGAAUGUUUUACUGGGCUUUCCUGGGAAUAAGGUGUCUAGUGUGGCAGGAAUCUACUUCUCCGAGCACCAUGGGGAGGUUGAGUUGCUGCCUGUUUACGCUCAGAUCCCAUCCUCCUGGCUGGCUGUGGCAAUUGAUAAGGAUUUUGAGGAGGACUUGGAGUUCCUUCUUCAGGACGUGUCAGAGUUUGACAUCCAGGGUACAAUAACCUCAGAGAUUCUGGUCCAUGGCCCGCUUGCCUUCCCCAUUGGUACCACCCAGGACAGAAGGGCUUUUUUGGCAGGAGCUUACUAUGGACAGGGUCGGGUUAUAGUGGUUACUCACGAGGGCCUCCUUGGACGACAGGGGCUGGCUCAAUUUUGGCACAAUGCCCUUCACUGGUUGGAUGAGGGCCGGAAUGGGGUUAUUGGUGUCCUACCCCAAUUUAAAAAAUCUUUCUCACAGCUGACCCAAUUGGGUCUGAAGUUAGAGGAGACAGAUUUUAGGAAGGACCUAAGUGUGUUCGUAUGUACAGCAUACAGUGACAAACAUGCAGAGGAGAUGCAGAACUUUGUGGCAGAAGGAGGAGGAUUGCUGGUCGGUGGGCAUGCCUGGUACUGGAGUCAGACACACCCUGGGCAAAACCCACUGACAGAUUACGCAGGGAACCAUAUCCUAAACAAGAUGGGCCUGAGCCUGAUGGGGAAUACAUUGGGAGGUGGAUGCUACCAGGCCCCCGUUCCUGGGCAGGGCUGUAAAGAUAACUUCCACUUCCGCCGGCUGCUACGCCGCUUCACCGCUCAUGUGACCAAUGGAGAGGAGCUUACCAAAGAGGAGGAGGCACAUCUUCAGAAGCUUGGUGGUGACUGUACCACCUAUCUGCAUAUGGAGGCUCAUGGCUGUCCUUCCUAUAUGCAGGUGUUAUCCACCCUCACCAGUGUGUUGAAAAAGUCUGGCGUACCACAGGUGUGUGCCAACUGCCCGGUAAAGAGCCCAAAGGACCACUUACUUCUCGGUUUGGGGGCAGAGGUGUACAAGGUGUGCCCAGACCCUGAUUCCCUUCUGCCCUACCUGAUCAAGGACAAUCCUGUGAUGCCUGUUUGGUAUAACCAUAAAAUCAAGAUUGACGCCAAGACAGCAGAAGGGGAGGAGUGGAUCAGUACUGGUCUCUAUCUCUCUCCUGGUAUGAGGACGUACAUGGCCAUGCCAGCAGAUAUUGUCAACAAAGGAUGGAAGGUCCAGGUCGGCUGUCAGACAGACCAUUUAAAAGCACAGGAGUUGAAGAGAGCACCGUGUGUCCAUGAGCGAUUUCUGGUGACUACAGAAAUGAUGCAGGUGUGGAACCUGUGGGGCGGGCUCAUCUACCUGAUAGCUCCACCCAGAACACAGGUGGACGGAGCAGAGGUCCUUGUGCAAAUCGCAGUCCCUGCCCCGUAUUACAGGUCUGGUGUGACCACACCAGAUGAAUGGUCAAUGCUUCGCACAGCGCCCUCUCCCUGGGCUGAAUUGGAGUUUGAAAACAUCAUCUUCACUGUGACAUCAGAUGUGAUUCGCAGCCUGGACCGCCCCGAUCUGGUGGCGUUACUAUGGGAUAGGAUCAUGAGGGGUAUUGCUGACCUGGCGGCCAUCCCACACAAAUUUCCUCGUAAGGAACGCUUUGUGACAGAUGUCCAAAUUUCCAACGGAUGGAUGCAUGCGGGAUAUCCCAUCAUGAUGCACUCACCCUCUGGAGGUGACAUUGUCAACAUUGACAAUAUCACAAAAAAUGGCCUGUGGGGCCCUAUCCAUGAACUGGGCCAUAACCAACAGAGAGGCUGCUGGGAGUUCCCAUCCCACACCACGGAGUGCACAUGCAACCUGUGGUCUGUAUAUGUGCAUGAAGAGGUGCUGGGGAUCAACAGGACAAAGGCGCACAGUGCUAUAUCCGUUGAAACUCGGAAACAUCGUGCUGAGGAGUAUGUGAAAGGAGGAAGAGACCUCAACAAGUGGACCAUGUGGGUGGCCCUGGAGACAUACCUGCAGCUCCAGGAACAGUUUGGCUGGGAUGCCUUCAAGAAGGUGUUUGCUGCCUACCACAACAUGAGUGAUUUCCCAAAGGACAACAAAAGCAAGAUGAACCUGUACACCCAGACCUUCUCCAAGACAGUGGGGAAGAACUUGACAGGUUUUUUUAAGGCAUGGGGCUGGCCCAUAGAACCAACAACUGAAGAAAAACUCUCCAGCCUGCCUCCCUGGAGUGACCACCCAAUGGUCCAGUAUGGAUAAAGUAUAGAGUGCUGCUGAUAAAAGGUGGAGACAGAUAGUAUGAGCAAUCAAAAACGUAGAGGGUAUUUUAAAGUGGGAGGCUUUUUUUUUUUUUGGUGAAAGGAAAGUAUAAAGUCAAUUUUAAACCAACACUGUGCCUACCCAGACUGCUGACUAGUUGGGAAUUAAUAUUGUGGCUGAACUGCAGACAUGUCUGUAUGACUGCAUGACUAUAGAUGUGUCAGGUGUGUUCAAAAAGGGAAUAUUUAUAUUCUUUUUGAAACAUAUUAUCCUUUUUUUUCCAGUGUGCAAUCCAGACUGCAUUUUGGGGCAUGGAAAAGCCUUUAGGGGGAAUUUGUUCUCUUCUUUCUUAUUUACAACUUUAAAAUAUUUUGAAUUAUUAUGUUGUGCUAUGAGUGAUUGGGUUUAAGCUGAGCUAAGUGACAGUGAAUGGCUGUUAACAAAAACCUUUUGGUAUGUAAAGUAAUAUCAAAACUUAGUUUCACUGUAUUUUGAGAACAAUGUGGGGUCAACUGACAACAUUUAGAUUUGUGUAAGGAGUGUUUGAACUUCUUAAGUAAGGAAAAUUACAGCUUUAUGAUAAUCAAGUACCUCGCUUUGAUUGUGUUUGCAGUGUCCUGCUGUCUCCAGUGUUGGUCUGAGGCGCUAGAGCCCACACAUAUUUCACCCAUAUCACAUAGGACUCUGAGUCUGUGAUGCCCCCAUAUUAAGUAGGCAGGUUGCAAACGGUUGAUGUAAUGUGCCUGCUGCAUCCCUCAAAGCACUAUUUGAUAGAUCUCUUUUGUUUUUGUAACUUUUCAUGAAGGAAAUCAGUUCUACCAUUCUAGGUACAUACCAACAUAUUUUAUUUUUAGUCCUGGUAAUGUCCAUCCAUUAUCUAAACCGCUUAUCCUGCUCUCAGGGUCGCGGGAAUGCUGGGGCCUAUCCCAGCAGUCAUUGGGCGGCAGGUGGGGAGACAAACUGGACAGGCCGCCAGGCCAUCACAGGGCCGACACACACACACAUUCACACCUAGGGACAAUUUAGUAUGGCCGAUUCACCUAACCUACAUGUCUUUGGACUGUGGGAGGAAACCGGCAUACCCGGAGGAAACCCAUUUAGUUCUAGUAAUGUAAAAAAAAAAAAAAAGAUUUACCACCCCUUUAGAUCAGGAUCCCUUAACUUCUCAAGAAAAUAAGUGUCUACCUCUGUACUUCCCUUUGAUACUCAAUUAAAAUGUUAAACUUUCAUUUUACAGUAUGCAAAUGUUUCAUAUUUUCAUGCCAAAUUAUGUGUGUUAAAAUUCUUUGCCAUACACCUUGUUGUGGAUUAUCCUGCAUGGUCACUUACCAAAUAAUUAAAA